GUUAUUUUAUUUAUUUAUUCAUUUUUCUUUGUAAAUUGAAAUAUUAGGUGGUUGUCGCUACGUAACGAAAUAUCGCUGCGAUAACGAGACUGCUAUCGAUAUCCAAAAACAUGUUGUUUAACUCGGAAAAAAUAUAAGUGUUUCACAGGUAAAAUGUUAUCUUUUAGAAAUUCUUAAGAAAUACCUGAGAUUUAAAUGCAAGAGGCUUGCCCAACAAGACAAGGCUAUUGCUGCCUUAAAUGAAGUUCUCACUGCAAAAGACAAAAGCGAAAUUCUGGAGGCCCGCGAAAAGGCAGAUCUUAAGAGAAAAGUGAACAAAUUAGCACUGGCAUUGGCAUCACGAGACCGGGAAGUAGAAGAGCUGCAUUUUAUGCUGACCAAGACAACGGGUGAAUUGGCAAGCCUCGCUAUGAAGACAAGUGAGAUGCAGAAAACUGUUUUAGAAGAACUGGAUGCAGUCAACAAAGAAAAAACGAAAAGACGUGUGAUCAAUUUCUUGGAAAAACAAGGGUUCAUAGCCUUGUUACAAAAGGACAAGUUUGAAAUGCCACAACAGCUGUAUGAUGCAGAACUUAAGAAAUGUCGAUUAGAAAAGGAGAAGGCACUCAUCCAAGCUAAGAUUUCAGAACUGAAUCAAUUGGUGGCGUCGUCGAAGUUAGAAGGGCGUUCAACACCAGGUGGCGUACAGAAUGUUCACAAAGUAAAAGAAUGCAUAAAUGAAGCUGUUGCACCUCAGGUCCACGAGAUGGCACUUGGCAUGGGCGGUGCUGUUUCCGAUCCUACUGUUUUGAAAGACGGAGAUUUGAUGACCACCUGCUCAUAA